ACUCCCCUUGCGUUAAGUGCAUGUCACUAUAGCACUGCCAGUAGGGAAAAACAACACCCCUGUGCAGAUACACAGUAAACACAAUGCCUCGUGGGCCACAAACAGAUCCCUGAUGGGCUGAAGGUUGCUCACUAGUGGUAGUGAGAGUUAGCUAAGGGCUUGUCUACGGGCACAAAUAAUUCCUGGCACAAGGGGCUGUGAAUCUGCCCUGCACUAACAAGCCUGCUGUGGGCUACUUGUCCUUCAGUACUCUGCUGAUGCACAUGCACCAUUUGUUGAUGUACUUUGAGCAGGUCCCACUCCAAAGAGUACAGGCUAAACAUUCUGAUGCCUUGUUGCUCCCAUAGCAACAGUCUCUGCUGCACUGGGAAUACCUAGGAGCUGUUAGUAGUAGCACUGGGGUAGGGAAAAGGAGAGAGCCAGGCUGGACUACCUGGACAGUCCUUUUUUCUUUCCUUACAUCUCCUGGCAAAUACAUAGUUCCUGCUUCUGGAUAGGCAAGAAAAAGAAUCAGUCCAGGCUCCCCUAUAAAUCUGCCUACUCAGCAGAAGGUCUUAGCAGACUAUAUCCUCUGGGGCACCAUCUGAGGCAAGAGUGCCAUCAAUUCCCAGUCAUCACUUUACCAUGGAAGAAAACAAGCAAGAGAGGAGCCUGUCUCAUCUUUUAGAUGGCUUGGAAAAUGCCCACAGAACUGAUGUUCAACUUUACACCUCUGGACAUUUGAACCAUAACAAGCUUUAUAAGCCCCAAAAGAAUAUAAAGCUAGGAUACUGGGACAGCGCCAAGGAACUAACCCAUUUCACAACAGAAAGAAAGCAAUUCCCAACUCAAAAUAUUUGCAAUGAGACAGCUCAGAAGAUGAGAAAUACUUCGUCUGAUUUCACCCCCAGCUCCAUACUGGUUCCAGUACGUGCCGGAACGGCCUCUCCUUUCUUCAGACAUACUCAGGCACCUACGUCCAGUGUUCCUCUCCCAGUGAAAGGCCCACUCACGUCUACUCCUUUAGAAAAUCAGUUGAAAGAACUUAAAAAUAAAAUAGAAGAGGAGACUGAAAGACACAAAAAGCCACUUAAAAGAGAGGAGUUAGAUGUGCCACAGAUGAAGGUGUUGAAGUACAAGCCAGUUAAAAACAGCCGACGUUGUGCUGCUGAAGUUACUAAGGAUGAAUACCAAUUUAUGCCUUCAUAUUUAGCUGGAGUGACUAAAACUGAUCAGUUAAACAAGUUUUUACAUUUUGAGAGGAAUUUUAUAGCCAAGCAUGAUCUGCUAGAGAAUGACGUCACUGGGAGCAAAGCAUCAGAGCGGCAUGAAAAGAAAUUGGCUGAGGAGCUCCAGAAGAUCUGUGAUUGUAAUCGUCCUCAUUUCAAACGGCUACAGGUCUUUGGGGAUGUGUUUGAAGAUAUUUGCAACAGCUCUUUGAUAUUUGGUGAUAUUCUGAAGGAAGUUAAGAAUGAAUAUGAGCUCUACAUGGUGAUACUUCUGGAUUCUCUGCCUACAACACAAUACAAGACACUGAUGGCUCAGGUGAAAGGUAUGGAAAAAAGACCCGUGAAAACACAAGAAAUAGAAGAGAUCAGGCGAGAAGUACAGAGCCUUGUGAAAAAAGUCAAAAGUGUCUUGGAGAGAAAUGAAGAACUCAGAAAUGAAUUAGAAAUUCAAUUGUGGGUGAGCCAGUCUCCUGAGUGUAAAACUCAUGGAAAAAUGAAGCACAGAAAGAUUAAGAUUUCUGGCAAAAGUCACACAGGAAGUCUGCGGCAUAGGCAAGAACAGAGCACAGUUCCAGAGACCUCCAGUGACCAUGCUACAAAACUGCCUGAAGAGAAACAUCUCUCUGUUGCUGAACAGAUUGAAUCUAUGAGGUGCCAAAUUCUCGCUAAAUGGGAGGAAAUGCAAGCAAUGGAGAAAGAGAUUAGAGAAACCAUGACUCAUGCUGGGAUGGCAAAUACUACAGAGAAGACGGUUAAAGACAUAGAGGCUGAAGCCUUCAAACUCAAUACAGCAAACAGCUUCUUUCAACACCAAAUCAAAGAAGUUCAAAACAACAUUACAUGCAUCUUAAAUAGACAAAAGGUCACCCAGGAAAAUCAGCGCUGCACCUUCAAAUCAGGGAAAGGCAGUCUCUGUCAGGCCACACAUGCCCAGCAUGAACCACUGCACACCAUGCUAGUAGGCACCACGCAUGCAUGGCCCAAUCCCUGCAGUUCCUUCUCAACCGCCCUUGGCCUGAAAUGGAGUGCUGCAGUUCUCUGCCUUAUUGACACUCUUCAAGUAGUUCUUAGCCUUUAAUUGUUAGUAGUUAGUUAGGAUUAUUCUUGUUCCAUAUUUAAUUGUAGUUUAAAAAAAAGAUUUUCGUCAUGCCCAGCUCUUCAGGCUUUAAACGAUGUGCCUCCUGCAGAGAUGCAAUCCCCAUCUCCGACUGGCACUUGCAAUGCGUCAGAUGUUUAGGGGAGCACCAUUCAUUGCAAGAUUGUCCCCACUGUGCCAAACUCAAGACCAGGACUUGUGGAGACUGGGACCUUCAUCUAAAACUGAUCCUGCUGGAAAAAAAUGCACAUCCUGCUUCAGAUCUGGGAAGGCAGCCUAGGGUGGUAUGCUCACCCUCAGAGUCCCCUCAGGGAAGAAGGCACCAAAAAAGAGGCAUUCCUCAGUGCCUCAUUGUCAGCUCUCCUCCAGAAAUUGGUCUCUGCCCAGAUCAUCGGCACAGAGGUCCUGCCUCAGCACUUACGACACUCUGGGUACCUCAGGUGUUCAGGCACUGUAGGCAGCCAGUGGCGCCGACUCCAAAGGGCCCAAACACCACCCUAGGAACGCACUGGUACGGGUCACUGUACUGUCUAUUCAUCAGCAGUGUUUCACUGGACAAGGCCAUGAUGCCGCUUCCACCUUCAGCCAUGGAUGACUUUGAGCACUUUAACAAGCUCUUUAAGAGAGUUGUGGCUGAACUCAAAAUUGCCAUGGAAGAAGUGUUGCAACCCUAGCAUGAGUUCACUGUUAUACUCCAAGCUGCUCCAUCUUAUAAAAUUGCUCUUCCCCCACAGUUCCACCAUUUUGGAUCUUGCCAACACAAUUUGUCAAACUCCUGCAUUGAUCCCACAUACGUGCAAGUGUGCAGACACAGACUAUGUACCUGCCAAUACUUUGGAAUUUCUCUUCACUCAUCCCACACUGAACUCUUUAGUGAUGGAAGCUGCACAUUAGCAGGUAAAACAACGUCACUUUCGCACUACUCCACCAGAUAAAGACACUAAGAGGCCUGACCUAUUUGGUUGCAGGACAUACACUUCUGCAACUUUACAGUUCAGAAUUUCAAACUGGUCAGGCUUGCUAGCAAAAUAUGACUUUUGCAAUUACUCCAAACUCAUGGAGUUUGCUGACAAUGUCCCCGAGGCAUAGAGACCUCAAUUCACCACUAUACUAUCUGAAGGACACGCCAUUUCCUGAGAUGCCCUCCAGGCAGCACUUGAUGCCGCUGACGCUGCUGCUAGAACCAUGGCCACCGCCAUUGUAAUGCAUAGAGCCUCCUGGUUCUCCCUAGCCACGUUCCCACAUGAGAGCCAGACCACAGCAGAAGACCUGCCAUUUGAUGGAGAGAAGCUAUUUGCAGCUAAGACCAGUGAAGUUCUGAACACUAUGAAGGACUCGUGUGCCACUCUUUGUACAUUAGUGAUAUAUCCACCCGCCAGCAGGCCUAGACAAUAGUGAUAUCAGCCCUAUCAGUGGCCAUGCUACCCUGCCUGUCUUAACCAAUGGCAGGAUAACAACCCCAACAGAAACCAAACCCAGCCUCAGAGGCGAAGACCGUCAUCGGGCUCAGCCCCUCAACUGCCACUGGCCAACAAGCAAAUUUGAACGCUUGGUCAAGGGCCUCGAAAAACCCUUACAAAUUUCAAUGCUGAGAACGACCAUACAAACUUUCCACAAUUGGCUCUGUCCAUUCUACCACCAGAGGGCUUACAUCAUCUCAGACACAUGGGUGCUCAAUAUUAUUAUGUCCAGUUACAUGAUGAGGAGAGGCUGAGGGACUUGGGUCUGUUUAGUCUACAGAAACGAAGA